AUGGCUUCUGUCUUUGCACUAAAUUUUCCGAGACUUCUAUCUAGAUCUUGCUCAAUUUCUUCAAUCCAAAGAAACCUUCAUUUGACUGCAUCAUGCAAAUAUUACAUAGAAGGCAGUCAUGAACCCUUCGCUCCUGUUCCCGGUCGAUUUCCCCGGUGGGCCACUUCAGGUGAACAAGCCUUUGGUCACAUAAAAGAUGGCGCGAAGGUUUUCGUUCAUGGUGGUGCUGCUACUCCUUCGUUGCUCGUUAAAGAGUUACACAAUUAUGUCAUGACCAAUAAUAUUAAGGAUGUUCAGUUACUUCAUAUCCAUACCGAAGGCCCUUUUCCUUUUAAUGAUCCCGAGUGUGUGGGUCAUUUUCGAACUAACUCUCUUUUUACCGGCAGUAACUGUCGUCAGGCUAUCAAUGAAGGACGUGCCGACUUCACACCGAUUUUCCUUAGCGAGAUUCCAUUGCUUUUCCGUCGCAAACAUGUGGAACUUGAUCUGGCCAUUAUUAGCAUCACACCUCCUGACAAGCACGGUUUUUGUUCGCUUGGGCCCAGCGUUGACGUUACUCGAUCUGCUAUUCAGAAUGCUAAGUUUAUUGUUGCUCAAGUCAAUCCUCACAUGCCGUUGACUCGCGGUGACGCCAAUAUCCACGUUAGCAAUAUCGCUGUCUUGAUGCAUGGUCCUCAGCCGCUUCAUGAAUUAAAGGCUCGCAAAAUCAGUGACGCUGAACAGCAAAUCGGUAAAUUUAUCGCUGAAGAACUCGUUCCUGAUGGCGCUACAAUGCAGAUGGGCAUUGGCUCUAUCCCUGACGCCGUUCUGUCGCAGCUAACUAAUCAUAAGCACUUAGGAGUCCACACUGAAAUGUUCUCGGAUCGAUUGGUUGAUCUAGUUAAACUCGGUGUCAUUACCAACUCAAUGAAAAAAAUGCGACCCGGCAAAAUUGUGUCCAGUUUCGUUAUCGGCACCAAAAAGUCCUUCGAUUUCAUUGACAACAAUCCUUUUGUCGACCUUUGCGAUAUUGCGUGGGUUAACUCACCCGUGAUUAUCGCCCAGAAUCCUCGCCCCAUGGCAAUAAAUUCGUGUAUUGAGGUUGAUCUUACCGGCCAAGUUGUGUCUGAUUCUAUUGGGCCUCGCAUCUAUUCUGGUGUCGGUGGUCAGGUUGAUUUCAUUCGUGGUGCCGCAAUUUCGACUGAUGGUGAAGGCAAACCAAUCAUUGCUCUUCCUUCUGUUACGGCCAAAGGUCAAUCUAAGAUUGUUCCCUACCUAAAGGAGGGUGGAGGCAUUGUGACUACUCGUGCUCAUGUUCACUAUAUUGUCACUGAGUACGGCAUCGCCUACCUCUUUGGGAGAAAUCUGCGUCAGAGGGCCUACGCUCUCAUCAACAUCGCUCACCCCGACCACAGGGAGUCUCUUGAGAAGGCAGCGUUCGAGCGCCUCAAGGUCAUGCCCUCGCCCGAUUAA